AGUCCCUGGUCUUGGAAAUUCUUGAUUAGUACAGAGUUCUAUUAUUUUCUUAGGCCUAUUGCUAUGGAUUAGACAGAUAGUUUCAUUCAAAAUUGUAUUUUUAAACUUGUUAAAGAUAAUUUAUAGGCUCGGCCUAUCAUAGUUCUGUGAUGAGCAUCGAGAUACCUGCUGGCUUGACGGAUUUGCUGCAAGGAUACACUGUGGAGGUACUACGGCGCCGACCGCCAGAUUUGGUUGAAUUCGCAAUCCAAUAUUUCACGCGUCUACAAGACAGCCGAAAACACGACAGACAUGUCAAAGAAAGCCUAGCCGAUUCUACACGGGAAGGGGUGGCUUUUGAUAGUAUUUCAGUUGAAUCAAAUGAAGAUGAAGACUCUGAUGAUGCCUAUAUGCCCCCCUCCAACCCUAAUAAAUACAGUCGCAGAGCAUCUGUCUGUGCAGAGGCCUAUAACCCAGAUGAUGAUGAGGAUGAGGACUUUGAGCCGCGGGUGGUACACUCCAAAUCAGACGAGCAGCGUCGCAGACUCCAGGACGCCUGCCGAGACAUUCUACUGUUCAAAACUCUCGACCAGGAGCAGUUCUCAGAGGUUCUGGAUGGCAUGUUUGAGGUGUUGGUCAAACCACAGGAGCACAUCAUAAACCAGGGGGAGGAUGGAGACAACUUCUAUGUCAUAGAGCGGGGUGUGUAUGACAUUAUUGUGCUGAUUGAUGGAGUUGGAAAGUGUGUGGGAAAGUAUGACAAUAAGGGCAGUUUCGGGGAGCUGGCUCUCAUGUACAACACCCCGCGCGCUGCCACUAUCAUGGCCACCCAGGAGGGGGCACUGUGGGGACUGGAUCGGACCACAUUCCAUAGACUCAUAGUGAAGAACAAUGCCAAGAAGAGGAAGAUGUACGAAGCUUUCAUUGAGUGUGUACCCGUUCUAAAGUCUCUCGAGCUCUCUGAGAGGAUGAAGAUUGUUGAUGUCGUGGGAAUGAGAGCGUUCAAAGAUGAGGAGUGCAUCAUAACACAGGGGGAGAAGGCAGAUUGUUUCUACAUCGUGGAGUCGGGCCAGGUGAAGAUCAUGAUAAUAAGCAAAACUAAAGCAGGACAGCUGGACAAUGCAGAGGUGGAGAUUGCACGCUGCUCUAGAGGCCAAUACUUCGGAGAGCUGGCUCUGGUCACCAACAAACCACGUGCAGCAUCCGUCUAUGCUGUAGGGGACACCAAGUGCUUGGUAAUAGAUAUUCAGGCGUUUGAGCGUUUGCUGGGUUCCUGUAAGGAGAUUAUGAAGAGGAACAUUUCCCAAUACGAGAACCAGCUGGUAGCUCUGUUUGGUUCUAGUGUAGAUUUGAAACAUUAAAGUAUAAUUGUAAGAAACAGCACACUAACACAAUCCCACAGAGUGCUUCCUAAACACAUACUAGCUUUACAUACUUACACAUAUUUGUUGACAUUUAAUUGUACAAUCUACUGGACCUGAUUUAAUAAUUGAUAUCAACGUUACAAUGUGAACUGUCUCAAAUUACUUUGAUCAUUUUGUUUAUAUGUAGUAUUUUCCUUUUUUGACUAUUGUUGUGGAAGUAUCUGUAUUGUUCACCGUGUUGGCUUGGUAAUUUUUCAUGCAUGUUAGCCCAAUUUAUUGAUAAAUCUAGCCCAAUAGCUUCCACACAAACAGAUGCAGUUUUUGUACUGAAAUUGCCUUGAGGUCAAAGGUCCAUCAAUCAAAUAUUAAUAUGUCCUUUGCUUUGAUAUGGAAAUACUUUUCAUCUGCAGAUGGGGAGAUUUCAUAAAUGUAAUCCCUGGUCAAAAUGUUGUCAAUAAAGUAAAUGGAAGUUG